UGACGUCACACACGUCGUCACUCACACGUGGCCUACGUCGCGCCGUUGCGGUGUUUCGCCUCUGGGACCGAGCGCGUUCCGCCGACACUUGAGUUUGAUAUAUUUAUUUAAGUGUAGGUUGUCCGCACACUGUCAAGGCCGAGCCAGUAUGCCUCCGAAGAAACCCGUCCAAGCCACGGGAAGUAAAAAGACUCAAGAAAAGAAAAAGGAAAAGAUAAUUGAGGACAAGACUUUUGGCCUGAAAAACAAAAAGGGAGCUAAACAACAGAAGUUCAUAAAGAAUGUAACACAGCAGGUGAAGUAUGGGCAGCAGAGCGUGCGGCAGAUGGCCCAGGCUGAAGCCGACAAAACCAAAAAAGGUGACAAAAAGAAAGAGUUGGACGAACUGAACGAGCUCUUCAAACCCGUAGUCGCUGCUCAGAAAGUUAGCAAAGGCGUGGAUCCAAAGUCGGUGCUGUGUGCCUUCUUCAAACAGGGCCAGUGCACGAAAGGAGACAAGUGCAAGUUCAGCCAUGAUCUGUCCAUGGAGCGAAAGUGUGAGAAGAGGAACAUGUACGUGGACGAAAGGGACGAGGAUCUGGAGAAAGACACUAUGGAAAACUGGGACGAAAAGAAGCUGGAGGAGGUGGUAAACAAGAAACACGGAGAGGCCGAGAAGAAAAAAGCAAAAACGCAAAUUGUGUGCAAAUAUUUCCUGGAUGCCAUAGAGAGUAAUAAAUACGGCUGGUUUUGGGUGUGUCCAAAAGGGGGCGACACCUGUAUGUACCGCCACGCUCUCCCACCGGGCUUUGUGCUGAAGAAAGACAAGAAGAAGGAAGAGAAGGAAGAGGAGAUCUCACUGGAGGAGCUCAUCGAGAAAGAGCGUUCAGCUUUAGGUCCAAAUGUCACUCGAAUCACACUGGAAACGUUCUUGGCUUGGAAGAAGAGGAAAAAACAGGAGAAGGUGGACCGGGCCAGGGAGGAGAUGGAGAAGAAGAAGGCGGACUUCAGAGCUGGAAAGUCUUUGGUGGUGAGCGGACGCGAGGUCUUCGAAUUUCGGCCAGAGCUGGUGGACGAUGACGACGCUGAGGCAGAUGACACGAAAUACACCGAGGAGGAGGAAGAGGAGGAGGAAGAGCAGGAAGCAGAGGUGGAUGGUGCGGUGCAGGACAUAGACCUAUCCCGUUUUGUUCCACAAGAGGUCGACCACACAGGCAUCACCGUAGCAUCUGUCGACCGCUUCGCCUCCAAAAAACCAUCAGAGCCGUCGUCACAACCCGAUGAGCAGCUGAACGGAGCGUGCGGAGGCGAGACAAACGGCCUUCCUGGAGCAGAGGAGGACGGAGGCGAGGAGGGCGGAGACGACGACGACGACGACGAGGAGGUGCCUGUGGACGAAAACCUGUUCACUGGAGAGGACCUGGACGAGCUGGACGAGGAGCUUAACACUUUGGGCCUGGAGGACUGAGCGUGGGACAAACAGACUGCUGCAUGGAACGAUCAGACACUCAUUUUCAGACUAAAUAAAACCUCAUUACUAGAGACGAGCGGCCGCCUGCCCCUCUGUUCUAACGCCCCACACAGCAGUUCACCAAUGUCUCUGGGAUACAUCUGUUUAAUGUGACGUCCAAAAGAAAGGUUUCAUACAGCUCGACAGGUGUGAAGGCGAAAUGCUUUUACUGGGAGAAACUCUUGAGACCAGUGUGAGCACUUUCUGUAGCUGAGAAUCCAGAGUCCAUGUGAUGAUCCUAGUGCCAGCCCAGCUCCGAAAACUGCUGCUGGAAAAUAAAUGUCAUAAUUCAUUCAAAUAUAUUCUACCUUCAUACACA